GUUGCUUCCAUGACCUGGCUAUUGUAAAUACAGCUUCAGUGAACAUUGGGCUGCAUGUGUCUUUUUGAAUUAUGCUUUUCUCUGGAUAUAUGCCCAGUCGUGGGAUUGCUGGGUCAUAUGGUAAUUCUAUUUUUGGUUGUUCAAGGAACCUCCAUACUGUUCUCCAUAGCAGGUGUACCAAUUUACAUCUGGUGUGAUAGCUUUUUAAGUGAAGUUUGAGGUGAUCCACUAAGGGUCAGGACCUGAAGCUUAAGAGACUGGCCCAGGGGCCACUUUGAGUUGUCUGAGGCAGCCUUCUCCAUCAGUGGGAAUGAGAUUUAUCCCAGCUGACCUUUCCUCCUAUAGCAUGCGUGAGAAGGCUGUUCGAGAGCUGCUUACCCGGCACUGCCAACUGUUGGAGACCCCUGAAUCUUGGGCUAAGGAGACUUUCCUGACUGAGAAGCUUUGUGUGCCUGCUGAAUGGAUUCAUGAGGCCAAAGCAGUGCGAGCACACAUGGAAUCCGACAAGCACUUGGAGGCCCUCUAUUUAUUUAAAGCAGGGCACUGGAACCGCUGCCACAGACUCAUCAUCCGACACUUAGCUUCUGAUGCCAUUAUUAAUGAGAACUAUGACUACCUGAAGGGGUUCUUGGAAGACCUGGCACCUCCAGAGCGCAGCAGCCUAAUCCAGGACUGGGAAACAUCUGGGCUUGUUUACCUGGACUACAUUCGGGUCAUUGAAAUGCUCCAUCAUAUACAGCAGGUGGAUUGCUCAGGUUAUGAGCUAGAGCAGUUACACACCAAAGUGACCUCCCUGUGCAACCGCGUAGAGCAGAUCCAGUGUCACAAUGCCAAGGAUCGCCUGGCUCAGUCAGAUAUGGCCAAACGCGUAGCCAACCUGCUGCGGGUGGUACUGAGCCUUCAGCAUGCCCCUGAUGCAACCUCCGACUCAACGCCAGACCCUCAGCGAGUCCCUUUGCGCCUCUUGGCUCCCCAUAUUGGCCGGCUCCCCAUGCCUGAGGACUAUGCCUUGGAGGAACUGCGCGGCCUCACGCAGUCCUACCUGCGGGAACUGACUGUUGGGAGCCAGUGAGCCCCAGGCUCCUCCCACCACACUCACAUGCUCAUCCACACUCACCACACAGAGGUUCCCUGCAUUGAGUUUAUUGGCACCGUUUACCAUUCUCUGGGUUGGCUGUGGAAUCCACCCUCCCUUCCUGCUGCCCAAGCAGCAACCUCCAGUUGUUCAGGGCUUUCUUAUACUAAAUAUAGCAUAAGGGCUUUUGGUACCCCAAAAAUGGAGCCAAGUCUCUUUUUACCAUCCUGAAGACUGUUCUUUUUUUCCCUUUUUUUUUUUUUUUUUUAAUGGUCAGUAAAGCACCUUUGGCCGAAUUCCCCAAUCCCCAAAGAACUAGGGAAUGCUUUUCCUCCCUCAGCCAUUCUGGAUCUUGUGACUCUCAACGCCAACCUGCUACCCUACUCCUACUCCUGCCCUUUUAUACUAGGACUGUUUAAAAUGAGUGGGAUAGGUGGUGGGACAAAUGUGAUCUAGGUCUGUCCUUCCUUAACAGGUGAACUAUCCACAGAAGGAAAGAGAAUCUGUCUCUGAAGUAGGUUGAUGAUUAACACUGACUUUUGGAGUCAGAGGAGGAUUGGACUGAGGAAGCAGAACAGGGUCUUUCUGACUCAUUUAGGGUAGAAGUGAGUGCCUGCCAUGGAGGGGUGGGGCUCCAAGGCUUGAUUGUUCUUGUCUUGAAUGUUCCAUGAACACCAAACCUUCCCUAUGCAGGAGCCCUUGGUCACAGAUCACACGUCUCUGGGAAACUCCCAGAACUCAGUUUGGUGCCUGGUUUUCAGACAUCUUGCUAGGCCUCCUCCUGUCUGGAUUUGCCUGAAGAGUUUGGAUGAAUCGUGGCAGGUUUGGUAGCCCUCCCUGUCCCUCCCAUUCUAGCCCAAAGCAUUUCCCACCCUCCAUCUACAGUUCCAGAAGGUAAAAUUGUCACUGAGGCAGGCAAGGAGCUGGGCUUCAGGCGCAGGCAGAGGGCCUUUGCUACACUGCUGCCCACAGCUAUGGGGAGCCCCA